AGCUGUGCGUGUUACAAUAGGUGUCACUGUUUGGCUUGGUCCAAUCCUGAUUGGUGGCUUCAGCUAUUGGCUCGGAGCGCUGGCUGUCUGACUCCGGCUGCAGGGCUGUAAUACCUACUCUCCUCUCUCCGAUCCAUUCACCACACAACUUCGCCGGCCGAACAGACUCGCUGGGCUCGGCACAUCUUGCUAACCUAAUUCAGAAAGCAAGCGCCACAGCUCUGCCUGCCGCCUCUGCUCAGCGUAGCCUCUUCAGGUGAUCCAGAAAACGGCUGUUUUUAUGAGCAGAUAAGAAAAACAGGAAUCAUGAUGGGAAUGUAUUUAACAGAUCCGGUCCUGGAUAAAACUUAAAGCCAGUUGCUCUUCAACAUAGUGAAAAGGUCACCUUGCCUGGCUGAGAAAAGCAGCAAAAUUCCAGCUUGUCUGUUUCUUUUAUCAUCUUAGCUCUGGCUAGCCUCUCUGCUUGGAUGUUCGAGCAAAUUUGGGAUAUCUAGCUCUAAAGAGAGACAUCCUGUACUCAUGGUAGAUGAUAAGGAAAAGAACAUGAAAUGUCUCACCUUCUUCUUGAUGCUUCCAGAGACGGUAAAGAACAGGUCCAAGAAAGGUUCAAAGAAAGCAAACAGCGGCGGCGGCGGCGGCAGUGGCAGCGGCGGUGGCAGCAGUGGCAGCGGCAGCAAGUUGCCCCCAGUUUGUUAUGAAAUAAUUACCUUGAAGACUAAGAAGAAGAAGAAGAUGGCUGCUGAUAUAUUCCCCCGCAAGAAACCAGCCAGCUCCAGCAGCACCACUGUCCAGCAGCACCACCAGCACAAUCUCUGUAACAACAACCUCAUCCCAGCACCCAACUGGCAGGGUCUUUAUCCCACCAUCAGAGAAAGAAAUGCGGUGAUGUUCAAUAAUGACUUGAUGGCAGAUGUACAUUUUGUGGUUGGACCACCAGGUGGGACUCAGCGGUUGCCAGGACACAAAUAUGUCUUAGCUGUUGGGAGCUCAGUGUUCCAUGCAAUGUUUUAUGGAGAACUUGCUGAGGACAAAGAUGAAAUCCGAAUACCGGACGUCGAACCUGCUGCUUUCCUCGCCAUGCUGAAAUACAUCUAUUGUGACGAAAUUGACUUGGCUGCGGACACAGUGCUGGCCACACUGUAUGCUGCCAAAAAGUACAUAGUUCCUCACCUUGCCAGAGCCUGUGUUAAUUUCCUGGAGACCAGCCUGAGCGCCAAGAACGCCUGUGUGCUCCUGUCUCAGAGCUGCCUGUUUGAGGAGCCAGACCUGACACAGCGUUGCUGGGAGGUGAUUGAUGCUCAAGCCGAGUUAGCACUCAAGUCUGAGGGGUUCUGUGACAUCGACUUCCAGACACUCGAAAGUAUCCUCCGCAGGGAAACGCUGAAUGCCAAAGAAAUAGUGGUUUUUGAGGCAGCCCUAAACUGGGCUGAAGUAGAAUGCCAGCGGCAAGAUCUGGCCUUGAGCAUUGAAAAUAAACGCAAGGUCCUAGGAAAGGCACUGUACUUGAUCCGCAUCCCCACCAUGGCCUUGGAUGACUUUGCAAAUGGUGCUGCGCAGUCCGGGGUAUUAACUCUCAACGAGACCAAUGACAUCUUCCUCUGGUACACUGCAUCCAAAAAACCAGAGCUGCAGUUUGUGAGUAAAGCCCGCAAGGGCCUGGUCCCCCAGCGUUGUCACCGAUUCCAGUCAUGUGCCUACCGGAGCAACCAGUGGCGCUAUCGGGGUCGCUGUGACAGCAUCCAGUUUGCAGUUGAUAAGAGGGUGUUCAUCGCAGGCUUUGGGCUGUAUGGCUCCAGCUGUGGCUCUGCAGAGUACAGCGCCAAGAUUGAACUCAAACGUCAGGGCGUUGUCCUGGGCCAGAACUUGAGCAAGUACUUCUCAGACGGAUCCAGCAAUACCUUCCCUGUGUGGUUUGAAUAUCCCGUGCAGAUUGAGCCAGACACCUUCUACACAGCCAGCGUGGUGCUGGAUGGCAAUGAACUCAGCUACUUUGGACAAGAAGGCAUGACGGAAGUUCAGUGUGGCAAGGUGACUGUCCAGUUUCAGUGCUCCUCAGACAGCACCAACGGCACUGGGGUACAGGGAGGGCAGAUCCCCGAACUCAUAUUCUAUGCCUGAGCCUUCCUUUCCUUGCGCAUCAUGAGGCACCCACAUGGGCCUCCUUGCCUGACGCUUAGCUCGUCUCCAGAUGUGUGGUCAGCACAGGUGAUUUGUAAUGAAUGAAGCAGUAGGCAGUUUCUAAUGUCUUUGAACCUUUUAAUUAUGUACAGGCUAAAAUGCAACAUUCCGCUUUUAACUAUAUGCUUAGAAGAGCCAAGUUCUUACUCAGGCUUUGUGGUCUUAGAGUUGCGUCUGUAUGCCUAGGGAAAUCAUGUGCUUCUCCAAGUGCCCACCAACCUCCACUUUUGUACCUCUGAAGAAGAGUUUGGAUCGACUUGAAUUUUCUUUGAUGAGUGGAAGUAUGUAUUCUAAAGUAAUAGCAUCAAGUUAUUUUUCAACGAAACCCUUCUCUUCCUCUCAAAAUAAAUAAAAACAAAAGACAGGUAAACCUCAGUGUACAAUUUUGAAAGAAUAUUUGCUUUAUAACAAGUACACUUAGAAAGUAAACAGGCCAGUAGUCAUGAUUGACUCUGUUCUUUUACAUUUGUUGCUUCUGGGCCUUGCUUUUAUAUUCUUUACAUGUUAAGUUCAUAUAUGUGUUUCAUACUAAGCAGUUCCUACUCUUGGUGUAAGGAAUUGGCUUUUGUUUAGGCCUUGACUUCUGCUGCAAAGCAGACUUACGUUCUUUCAGUUUAGAAGACAAAAUACUAGAGUGCAGCUACUUCAUUGAGAAUUGAUGGAGUUAGAAAAUUUUGUCAACAGAAAAAAAGAGUUGCAAACCUGCUAAUUUAUACUACAACGGGUUAAAGGGAAGCCUGAAAUUCUCCUACACAAUGAAUAGUUCCAUUUUUUAAUGUACUCACACACAAUUUGAAAAAGCCACUCUUGCCUGGUAGUUUUUGACAGCCCCCAACUCGCUCUCGCUCUCUGUCCCCCCCCCCUGCUUGUUAAGUCUUACUGCAUAGGACUUGCGUUACUCCCCGCUCCCUCCCUUGUUAGAAGAGGACCAAACAGUGGAGGUAUGGAGUAAUGGUAGCACUACUUGUCAAUGUGAUAAAGUGCUUUUUAUGCUUUUUUUUUUUUAAUUGGAACAUUCUUUCUCUGAUCUUUGACCAUAGACGAUCUUAUUUGUUGAUUAUGAGCAAGUUUCUGGACUGCUAGAACCUGGCCUCUGGCCAUCUUAAAGUGCCAAUGUAUGCCUGCAGGGUUUUUGAAAAUGGUUCGGAGUGACACUGGGUUAUACCGAGUACUCACCUCAUCAGCAUCCCAUGCCGCUCUCAUUUGUCCAUGAUAGCGUAAGCAAAGAGGGAAAAGCUCACAGACAACUUCUCCUUCCAUGAUGGCUUGUGUUGGCUUAGUGCCUGUGACCCUGGUAGUGCCCAGUGUGGUCACGAGAAACUGAAAUAUCCAUGUGUUUCUGGGCAGCUCUUCUGCUCAGCGUGAUCCUGAGAUGGCUCCCCGCCACCCAGAGUGUGGUCCCUGGCCGCCUCCUUCUCCUGCUCUGCAAGCCCAAGUUGGCUUCCCUGGAGCAGGGGCUAGUCCUGGGGUGUGUGUGCCUGUCUGCGCAUGCAAUAUGCGCAUGAAAGAGUGCUUGCCAACUCAGGAACUGCCUCCUCCCUGCCCUGCUGGUGGUGGGUGUGUCAGAAAUGCCUCCCACCCCCUGCUGGUGCCAGCAAGGCCCAAUGAGUGACUGAUUCCACUCACUGGGCUUCUGGACCACUUCUUCCCUAUAGAUAUGGGCUUGCGGCCUUUGGCCAGCUUCCCUGGUGGAGGAGAGCAGUGGAUUAUGGGAAAUGUUUUAAUCAUUUUGCCAUUACUUACAUCUGUUGACAUAGGUGACCAAAAGCUGUUAUUGGUGACAAGGAUUACUUUACGAAAUGAUCUCUCAAUUGUUUCCUAGUAAAGGAGAUGACAGGUUGUAGUUUUGGCAAAGCAUCAAUAAAAUAAAGGUACAUUGUCAAUUAAAAUUACUUCUACAAAGGCUUUUGUUUUAAAAAAUUAUGGUUAAACAUUUCAGUAACUCAUAGCUACCAUACAAAUUGGUAAGCCUGACCAGAAGGCACUUACUCUUAAGCCAGAGGAGAAGGAAUUUUGUUUAGCACUAAUCUAAUGGAGUCCUGUCAGAUAGUUGGGCUGGGUGUGAUAGCCUUAAAGGGGCAGCAUCCACCCCAACUCUUACUGUGACUUAGCUGCCCUCCAUAUGGCGUGGCAAGUACAGUUCACUGAGGAUGGGAGAACAUAACUCUAUAUUAGUUAUUAUUAUGUUUCAAAAAAGGACAUGUCCACUUUCUGACCUCUGCUAAGAACUGUGGGUAAGAUUGGAAAGCGGGACCUAAACUAAGAAAUUUUAUGUUCAGAGCCUGUUCUCUUACCUGCAUUUUCAGCAAAAUGAAAGAUAAUGCGCUUGCUUUGGUUUUCUUUGGUAAUCUUGAACUCUGUAGUUUGUAAAAAUAGGAACCAUUGUUCUGACAGGGCUGGCAGCUGUAGUGUAAAACACAACUUUAUUAAGCAGAAAACGCUGUAGAUGCUUUUCCCCGCAUACCUGGAAGUCUUCAUCGUUGUUCAUACUGGGGAUAAGGGUAACUAGGCUAGCGGUUCUAAUGCAGCAUUCUUUAAUCAUAUCGUAAGAUAGUAUUUAAGUAAACGGUCUCAUUUCUACAUAAUUAUUGCACUGAACUGUCUUUUUUUUUAAGGUGUUUAAAUAAGCUCAGCUAAUUGAGUACACUGUAGGCAACUGUGCAUCAGUGUGCUUGACUCUAGCAGCUUACAGCAUUAUUUAUGAAGGAAAAUAUAUAAAUAUGAAGUACCUCAUGUUGAAUGUUAUUGUACUGUAUUUUUAAUGUAACAGUGCAGAUCUUGUUAGACACAUGAAUGUGUAUAAUCAUGUUAAAUGCAAAUAAAGUAAAACUGGUUCAUA